GAAAAAUCGUGCGCUGCUCACUGAAGGGCUUUGGUGGUUUCCCAUAAAAGUUAUUAAUUGUUGUCAAUAAAGCGAUCGGCUUACGCUGAAAUUGGUUCUUUUCGUUCUAGUGAUCUAAAUCCACCAAAAAAUGGCGGGGAAUUUUUGGCAGAGCUCUCACUACCAGCAGUGGCUUCUUGACAAACAAGAUUUGGUGCGAGAAAGGCAGCUUGAUCUUCAAGUUCUUUCAGAAGAAGAAUAUCAAAAACUUUUUAUCUUCUUUUCCAACUUCAUCCAAAUAUUGGGUGAGCACUUGAAGCUUCGACAACAAGUUAUUGCAACUGCUACUGUCUACUUCAAACGAUUUUAUGCUCGUAACUCCCUGAAAUAUAUUGACCCACUUCUCCUUGCCCCAACAUGUGUUGGCUUAGCAUCGAAAGUUGAAGAGUUUGGUGUCAUUUCUAAUAGCCGUUUGAUCACAACUUGUUCAACUGUUGUGAAAAACAAAUUUAGCUACGCCUACACAACAGAUUUCCCAUACCGCACCAACAAUAUUUUGGAGUGCGAGUUUUACCUUCUGGAAAAUCUGGAUUGUUGCCUUAUUGUCUACCAACCUUACCGUCCAUUAAUUCAGUUGAUUCAAGACAUUGGCAAUGAUGAACAACUUUUCAGUCUGGCAUGGCGUGUUGUAAAUGAUUCGUUGCGCACGGAUGUUUGUCUACUAUAUCCACCGUAUCAAAUUGCUAUUGCUUGUUUGGAAAUAGCUUGUGUCAUACUUGGCAAAGACCACAAAAACUGGUUUGCAGAACUGAGUGUAGAUAUAGAAAAAAUUCAAGAAAUAACUAGGUAUAUUAUUAGUUUAUUUGAAUUAUGGAAAACAUAUGAGGAGAAGAAAGAUAUCCAGGCUCUACUUGCAAAAAUGCCGAAACCAAAACAGUCUCCUAGCAGAUAAACUAAUCUAUUGCCUCACAAGUUCUAUUGAAAAUGAAUCAAUUCCCAUUUUACAAAAUCAAUUUUACCUUUGAUAGUCCAUUUUGACUCACAUGAUCUCUUAAUUUGGUCCUCUCUGAAUGUCCUUUAAAUUCUGGAGCUUUAUUAUUUUCUCUUUAGAAAUGUGUUUCUCCAUAAUUUCUAUCUCUAGCAGACAAAUCAAACUAACUGACCAAAUAUUGUACUGAUUUGUUCUUCUCACUAGAUUAUCAGCCCCAAGUAAUUUUGUUAUCAAUUUUUUGUCAUUUCCUUGUGAAUAGUUCCAAUACUUUUGUGGUUUUAUAAUUCUGAGGAUAGGAUCUAAACAAUGUGAUAGUGUUAGCCCUUUCUCAAGGUUUGCCAACACAAAUUCUUGUGCUCUAUAAAUUAUUUACACCAAUCAACUACAAGAUAUCUAAACUUAAUUCUACCAAACUGUAAUGGUGAUGGGCACUUAAUUAAUCAUGUUUGGUUGUAUUUUUUUUUUUUAAUGAGACGAUGAGCUAGCCUUAAAUCAUAGGCUUAAUUUUUAAAAGGUAUGUAUAGUUGUGUUUUGUAAUUCUCAAGGAACAGUGCCAGCCAUUGAAGUAAGAAAAAUAAAAUGACAAACUGUAUGUGCUAAA